UAAAAAUUGGACUAAAACAAGAGAGAGCUCACACAUCUAAAAUCUUCUCUUAUUACAAAAGAACUAAAAGAAGAUGGAUCAGUCAUCAUCAACGUUGCUUAUAAACCAGAGAAAGUCAUCAUCGUCUCCGACGAGGAUACCACCGAAGCAGAAGAGGAAGUCAACGACGACCAACAAACCCAUCAAAGUCCGUUACAUAUCUAAUCCGAUGAGAGUCGAGACUUGUCCUUCCAAGUUCAGAGAGCUUGUUCAAGAACUCACCGGUCAAGACGCCGCCGAUCUACCACCGUCACCCACCACUUUCGUCGCCGCAGAUCCCCACCGUCCGUGUGAGUCGGAGAUGAACUCUGAGCCGUUGGAUGGUGAGGUUCGUGAGUAUUAUUCACCGUUGGAUGAGGAAGUGUUUAAUGCUCCUCAGAUGUCGGCAGGUCUUUCUGGUUUUUUCUCGUCUGGGUUUUACAAUGUGAAUGCUUUAGGAAGCAUUGGUUCUCUCUGAAUAUCUUCUACUAUUAAAAACAAAAAAAGAGUCUUUAGUUUCCGGCAGUGAAACACCGAUCACGAAGAAUAAACCAUCUAUAGUUUUAGGGUUUUCUUUUCAUCAAAACCUAUAUAUAGAUAUAUAACAUAUAUAGUUUUUUUUUUUGUCGCGAAUUAUUUGCGUUUGUGAGUAUAUAAACAGCAAAUCUUUUAAGCGAGAAAUCUUUCAUUUGUUUGUGUGUUUUUUUUAUAAUAAUCAAACAGUAUUAGGUGGGUUUAUUUGUGUAAAUAUGUAAUAGCCUCAAGUAGCUUAUAAAAUUUUCCAAUUUGGUGGUAAUGAUUUUGUGAUCAGUUUAAUCUCCGAUGUAAAUGAUCACAAACGGAAAAGAAAUAAUAGUCCAUUUAGAGCUUUUAAGUUAUCACGGACUUUAGUAGAACAUUUGGAUAGAUGUAUGAUGUAUCGCUCUUGUUUUUUUUUGGAUGACCCCAUCUCUGUAUAAUAGACGCAAUAAUACAAUUAUAUUUCAAUA